CGACGACGAGGGACGCUGGAGGUUGUAAGAAAUCAACCUCUGCUACCCUACUACCAUCGACCUUUGUGCAUCACACUCAACACUGAAACCCAACGAAACAAGAGAAAUCAACGCGGUCCCACCAACAGCCUAGUAUUCCCCCGAUCACCACUAUGCAUCACUCCGCCCACUCCGCCCACUCCGCCACCCAAGCAGAAUCAGAACAGGAAGAAAUAGAAGAAGAACAAGAAGAAGAAGACACCACUCUCCUCGCUCCCUAUGCCUAUGCCCUCCACCUCCUCCAUCGCCUCCACUCCCAGCAACCCAACAACAACAACAAAACCGAAACACCAAAACCCUCGCCCCUGAGGAGGAGAAUCGUUAUCAUCUUCCUGCUCGCCUGCACACUUGCCGCGAUUGCGCACUUGCUGCUUGUACCGCAUCGGUACGGGGCUUCUGAGGACGGGAAGGCGGCGGUUUCCGUGGCUACGGCUGGGACUACGUCUACGUCUAUGUCUAUGUCUACGUCCAUGCAGGCACGGCCGGAGGAAGAGGGCAUGGGAAUGGCGAGUGAGUCUACUUCGCCGUUUGAUCGAGUCGGGGUAGGGCAAUCGUACGAGGGAGAUGUUUGGCGGCGUGGUAGAUUGAACCGAAGAAGGAGGUAGAUGAGGAAGGAGGCGAAAUAGUCCUCUGUACCUUAGUAUACUCCAUCAAAACUCCUAGCAAGUCAAGAAGAAGAAGAAGAAGA